AUGGCUUCGACGAAAUCGUAUACGCAGUCUGCGUACAGCGUCCUUCUGCUGCAGAAGCUUCUCAGUCUGCGCGAUGGCAUCAGCCCUCUCACCCUUGUUCUGGACACGCUGCAGGAGCCUGGCACAAUCGUUUUGGAAGAAUUCAUGCUGCGGGCCAAGGCUGCUGGAACCCGCGUCGUCUAUGCAUCCAGCUUUAUUGCCGGCCCACGCCGGUCUCCUCACAUCGACGUCCUCGUGGAGCGGAGGAGGAAAUCGUUGCAGGAGUUCCGUGACGACAUCAUAGCAAAGUGCCAGCCACCACCCCAGGAGAAACUGCCUAAAAACAGCCCACCACAGAAGACGCUCGUCGUGGUCGACUCGCUGUGCCAGAUCGCCCAGCAGGAUCCGCUGUUUGUGGCGGCCUUUGUGUCGAGCCUUGUCUCGCCUACGGCCUCGGUGCUCAGCCUGUACCACGCCGACGAGGACCCAGCAUCCGAGGCGGCUGCUCAGGCUCAGGGAGGCCAGGGAUGGCUCACGUUUGGCAAGCCGCCACCGCUCAAGGUGCUCUGCCACCUGGCCACAGCCAUUAUCCGCGUGCAGGCGCUGCACGAGGAGGUGGCUCGAAAGCGCGCGCGCGACCGCUGUGAGGAGGAGCCGCGCUUCGGUUGGGCCGAGGGCGAGGGAGCCCUCUUUGGCUACACAAACAGCCGCUACAACAAGCACGACGUCCUGGUCGGCACCCUCUACACCGACAGCGUCCUUGUCGACAUGGAGCUGCGGCGGCGCAGCGGUCGCGCCGUCGUCGAGCGCUUUGUCGUGACCUGGGGACAGCCGACACAGCCUGCUUUGGCGGAACCGAAGCGGACUCGGACUCAGAGCCGCUCGUCGAUGCCGUGGGACCUCGGUGCUGUGCCGUGCACCAACAUCACCGUCAUGACCGAACAUGCGCUGUUUGCUGCACCGCCCGAUCCCGGCGCCGGGACCACUGCGGCGGACGGGGACGAUGAUGAGGCGCUGCCCGAGACUACUUUCAGCCUCGGCCUGACCGAGAAGCAGAGACGUGACAGAGAGGGCAUCGUGCUGCCCUAUUUCGACGCUCAGACGGAUAUUGGCUCUGGCGAAGGUGGCAGAAUCCUGUACGAGAUGGGCCGGGAAGAUGACUUUGAUGACGAGGAGGAUGAGAUAUGA